CCGGCCACUCACGAGAUGCCAUGUGGAGGUUUGGGCCCCACUUGUGUCUUCUGCCUUCUUCCCCUCUCUCUCUCCUCUUCCUAGCCUGCCGAUGCCCUCUCUCCUCCUAGCCUGCACGCUCUCUCUCUCUUGUCAGAGCAUUUAUUGCGGACGUUUUCUCUUUCCUUCGUUUGAGAAAGAAAACGCCGUUCGGACGCACGUCCCUCUCCAUUUCUUUCCUUUCGAAUUUUUGAAUCUGAAAUUCUCUCUCCGCGCUCGUUCCCCUGCCAUCGCCGAGCAUCAAGCGGCCGUUCCCCUGCCGUCGCCGACGAACCACAGUACGGCCGCUGCUACUCCGGUGCUCGCUCGCUUCUCUCUUCGGGCUCGUUGCUGCUCCGUCGUUCGUUCCGCCGUUCCCGGGGUCGCAGAUGCAGCACGCGUAGGAGAAGCAGGCCUCUUCGAGCUCCCCUCAACGUCGGCGAGCGUCGCCCGCCGAGCGAGACCCCCACGCACCGGAAGGCUCGGAGGCGAGGUUGCUGGAAAAGCUGGUGCCGUACGCGAAACGCGACGCCGACGGCCCUCCACCUCCGCCGGUUGCCUCCAUCGGCGUCGGAGUCCGUCGCCCCCGACUCCGACGCCAACGCCCCUUCGCCUCCCUCUCGCGACCUCCGCUCCGCUCUGUCCCUCUUUCCUCUGCGGAGCGCCCCUACUGGCCAACCCCGCGAGCAACCUCUUUCCGAGUCUCCGUCUCCUUCGCAACCAGCUUCGGUUUGACCAAUCGGCUGGGGCGUGCUCGAGGGGCCUUGAUCAACUCGAUUCUUGCUUUGCUGGCCAUCCUCUUAGAAAAAAGGCGGCUCGUGAUUAGUUGUGUCUUGGCUUUGUAAUGGACCAAGAGUCCCGAGUGGAUGAGGACUUCCCCCUCUUCCAGAAAUGCUCCAAACA